AUGGAAGCUUUCUGCGCUCCGCAAGCUUGCCUUGCAGGCUCAUUGGCACAUCGCGGGUCCAUAUAUGGAUGGCGACAAUAUCCGGUUCAGCGGGAGCGGCUGCCAAAGACACGCAGGUUCCCCCGCAGCGGGCGUAGUGCUCAGGUUUUCUGUGCGCUCUGCGCAGCUGGUCGGCUUGGUGAUGCUCCACCCUUACCUCGACGGCGUGGCCCGAAGGGCCCGCGGCAAAAGCGCCAGAUCCAGAAGCAGGAGGAUGCCACUGCAGAAAGUGCUCGUGCCCGCUUCGAAGAACGCCGGCGGCAGUGGGCAAAGAUGCGGAGAGAUGGUCGGCUCGACAUGGAGUCAUCUGUCACCGAGCAGGCAGUGCUGGAGAAGCGACAGCAAAAGAAGCAAAAGGACGCCAAUGAUCGCACCAAGGUUGAGCUGCAGCGGCUGAGAGCUGAGGGCAAGCAGCAGGACCUGGUCGAGCUUCUGCCGACGUUGGGUGGAGAUCCUUGGCAAUACGGCGUGGAAUGCUUGCUGUCCAUGGGCGCACUAGAGUCGGUUGCGGCAAUCGUUCGAGAUGACAGGAGCCGCGUCGCCCCAAAGAAUUGGGCGGAGGCAGCAGUUGCCUUGGCUGACGCCGUACUCUGCAUUGACCAGGCUUCCAACGAAGCCAUUGACAAAAGCAAGGCCGAGGAGCUGCUGGCUGAACUUAUCGACGCAGGGCGCCCGCGUCAGGCACUGGAAGUGUACACCCAGCUGGCUAUCCUGGACGCACAGCGUGCCGUGAAUCUGCUGGAGAGGGCGCGCUGGCCGAAAUCGGAUGCAGAAAGGGAGGCCACGGUGAUGCGGUCAUGCGAAUUUCUAGCUCCCACAGCACGGAUAUGGCUCCGCAGGUCCGCUGAAACAUCGCUUUCGCAGUCCGCCCGCGACAUCAUCCUGGCACCGAUUCUGUAUCCAAAGUUCUUCCUGAAGUGGUGCUUGCCUCCUUUUAUGUGUUUUCUGUGCUUCUGCUGCCAAAGCGUCUUGCUACAUUUGACGACGGUGAAGUUUGUCAAUCUGCAUCAGGCGAAAGAGCCACUCGCGGAGGAUGCAGGCCACAUCGCCUUGGGCAAGGCUGAUGUUCCCAUGCAGCUCCUAGACAUGAUUUCCGGCGGCGUCCUGAUGUGCUUCGUCGCCGGUGCUGUACUUCUUCGUGACUUGAGGACCUGGAGCAAGUUGUUCUUCUGCAAUGGCAUACUCUUCGUCCUCAAAGGAGUCUUCGACUACGUCACAGUCCUGCCCGACUCGAUUGGGAUGGACAAAUGUCAAGCAAGGCUGGGCGUCGCACCACUGAAGGAGUUCGAGAGACUUGGCAAACUCAGCGGCCAAGACUUCAUCGAUGCCAUGAUCUCCUUGGAGCUUCGUGGCGUGGGCGGGACAUGGCCAGUUCGGUACUGUGCCGAUAUGCUCUUGAGCGGUCAUACCUUCGUGAUGCUGCUCUAUUUGCUGGCCGUGGCUGAUCUAGGGCAGCGGGCGACGCUGCUGAUGGAAUCUCCACAGAGAGAAAUCUGCCAGGCGCUCAUUGGUAUCUUUGCACUUUGCUGCACCGCAGCCGAUCUGUACUUGAUUGUGAUCAACCACUUCCACUACACCGUGGAUGUUGUCAUGGCCAUCGUGAUGACGUUCUUACUCUACACAAAUGCAGGCAUGGCCGUGGUGGUUCAAUGGUAUGCUUCUGAACACGGCGAGGGCAGUCGGAAUACGGAGGACAAUGGAAUGGUGUGGGUUCCGACAGCGAUGUUUCCUUUCUGCUGCUUUGGUGGGUACUACAAAGUGAAAAUGCUUCAAUCAAAGGAGGUUCUCCAGCGGCAGGCAGCGGAUGGAAGCGCAGCCUGGGAAAGGCUGGCCGCGCCUGGGCCGGAGGCCAAAGACUAUGGCACGAUGCAAGCCCCAGCACAGGAGAAGACUGAGGAUUCAUCAGUUCGACGGUCUGAGUGUAGCUUUUGUGGCUGUGCAGAAGCCGGCGGCGCCUUCGAGAAGGCCUUGUCACGGCUGAGCGGGCCGCCUGGUGUCCCCAGUGAGAACGCUAGCCUGGAAUGGGCACCUUGUGGCACGCUGACAUGGGCUGAGCUCGGGGCAGCUUCUGUGCUGACGUGUCCAGGCUCUGCUCCCAAGCUGUCUGCGGACUGGCACUUGAAGGAGGCAUGGGCUGUGCACAGUCGCGGCACGGCAAUAGAGCUGACCUGGCUUUGCAGCUACGCCCUCCUUGGGAAGGCCAAUAUGUCACACUUCGGCUCUGGCAAUUCGAUCGGGGUCUGGCCGCCAGCUUGGAACGACGAGCCCAAUAUGGUGAAUCGAUGGAAUACCCUGAUUCGCCUGGUUGCAAAGCGCCGCCGAAUGCAAGAUGUUUUCCAGGUCUACGAUGCCAUGCGAGCAUUGUGGGUUCGGGCGGAUCACGGGACCACGGAGUUUAUUGCAAGAGCAGCAGUGGCCACCGUGGAUCUUAGCGGCCUCGUGGACUCGUUUCAUACGAUGCCGCCAGCUCGAUAUCCCGAGGUUGUCUUCGUGGGCUGGUCCAACGUCGGCAAAAGCUCCUUAAUCAAUUCUCUCCUCCAUCGCACAGCUGUGGCCCCCGUGUCCACGAUGCCCGGGAAGACGACUCAGUUCCAUUUCUAUACGAUGAACGAGCACAAUGCAGCUUUCCCGAAGAUGACACUGGUUGACGUUCCUGGCAUUGGCGAGGCCAUGGCAGACGAGGUGCAGACGAGGCACUGGAGGCGAACUCUCGACUUGUACUUGAAAGAGCGUGGUCCGACGCUGCGCCAGGUUUUUCACUUGAUCAGCUGCGAGGUCUUGCUGCGUCGGCAGAGACCCUCUCCUUUGGACGUUUCGGUGAUGGAGAUGUGCCUCCAUCACCGAAGCAAGUUCAACUUGGAUUACACCUUGGUGAUCACAAAGAUUGAUCUCAUCAGGAGCAAGAGAGAUGCCGAGACUGUGUACGAGAACCUGUGCAAAGUUGUUCGCAGGCUUCGACUUGGCUCAGCCAAGAUCGUCCCGGCCAGCGUGCGCAGCACCACUGGCCGCGUGCUGCUUUGGAAGCGCUUGUGGAGGUCCGUGGAUCCCGAAAACACUGCGCACUCAUCGCAAGAUCUCAGCGCCCUCCGCCAGGAGGUGGAGCGGCUGGUCGAAGAAAAAGAUGCCGAGGCUUUGAUCACACGAGCCAAGGAGGAGUCUGGAGAUGGAUGGGAAUGCAUCGUUCGGGGAAUCCUGGCUCUUGGCAGACUCCAUGAUGCCUGGCACAUCAUCCAGGCCGGUCCGCAAAGAGCCCAAGGUUUGGAAGAGCAUGAAACUGCGGAGGAUGCCAUCGAAGAUGACAUGGAGAUGCUCAAGGAGGGCCUCUUGGAGGCUGCGGAGGCCGGGGAAGAAGCCGCGCAAGACAAGGACGACGAAGAUGCACAAGAAGCGUCGGAGGACGAAGCAGGCGACUUCUUCGGCAUCCCUGAAGACCUAGAGUCUGAGCAGAUGGCUGCCAUGCAGGAGAGGGCGGCCCUUGCAGUGGGCGAGGCGGCCUUGGCACCGAAGAGUGAGGGCGGCGAGCCCUUGCUGGCCCCGCGCGACCCCGCGCUGGCCGAGGAAGUCGCAAUGCUGCUGAGCAAGGAACAUCGUGGGGCGGCGGCAGAGCUGCUGAUGGAGCAGGUCGUCGCACUUGCACGGCUCGAGAGCCUGGACUCUGGCCCUGGCCAAUUUCCUCGAAGUUUCGGAAAGCUCGAAGCGCUGCUGAAGCAGGCCAAGGAGGAUGCCAUCUUCACGCCCUGGAGCGCCGACCGCUGGAACAGAUUGCUCCGAGUGGUUGGCAGCCAGGGCAACUUGCCCGCGGUUGAGAGAGUGCUGGACUAUAUGUCGCAGUUUCAGGUCACUGGUGACCAGGAAACGGAUGCCGUCAUGGCCGAGUUGGUCGUUUCAUCCGUGGACCUGGGCGGGCAGGCUGAGAAAUCAGAGAGGAUCUAG